AUGUUUAUUAUUGCUAACGGUGUUCCGCCAGUGGCUGCUGCUCAUCUCGUCAUGAUGAAUACCUGGGGAGUUAUCAAUUCCUUUGGCGUCUUCCAGACAUACUAUGCCACGGCUCUCCUUCUGCCCCCUUCUACGAUCUCCUGGAUUGGCUCCAUCCAAAUCUUUCUUCUCUUUUUUAUCGGCACCUUUACUGGUCGUCUUACGGAUGCAGGCUACUUCCGACCAACCUUUGUCACAGGCACCGUUGUUUUCAUGAUUGGUACCUUUACUACCUCUGUUUACAAGGCCUACUGGCAAGUCUUUCUCGCCCAGGGCGUAUGCAUAGGCAUAGGCGCCGGCUGCCUUUUCUGUCCCACUGUCGCCAUCUUAUCGAUAUGGUUCAGCAAGAACCGUGGUCUGGCACUCGGCAUCGCAACCGCAGGUAGCGCGACGGGGGGUUUGGUCUUCCCUGCUAUGGCUCGACAACUGAUUCCCAGUAUCGGGUUUCCUUGGACAAUCCGCGCUAUGGGUUUCGUGCAACUUGUUACACUGAUAGUAGCAAACCUGACACUGAAAGAAAGCUCCAAAGGUCCGCUGCGAAAACCUGGAGCUCUCGUUGAGUGGACGGCAUUCACAGAGUUAGACUAUACUUUCUACGCAAUGGGGGGUUUCAUAUUCUACUUAGGAGUUUACUUCGCCUUUUACUACCUCGCGUCCUUCUCCCGCGACAUCAUCGGUCUCACCUACACAGAUUCACUCAACCUACUACUGAUUCUGAACGGCAUCGGAUACAUCGGCCGCAUAGUACCAAAUUUUUUGGCAGACCGCUAUGGUUGCCUCAAUGUAUUUAUCCUCAUCCUUCUCGCAUCGACUAUUUGUGCGGCAUGCUGGACAGCUGUGUCUACACAGCCAGGUCUUUAUGCCUGGACCUCGUGCUACGGUAUCAUUGCUGCUGGAGUGCAGUCACUCUUUCCCGCAGCGCUUAGUAGUUUGACGACAGACUUGAGUAGAGCUGGCGUACGCAUGGGCAUGGUGUUUACUAUUGUGAGCUUCGCUACUUUGACAGGGAAUCCUAUCGCAGGAGCGAUCAUUAGUGCCUCCGGUGGGAAGUAUUACGGUGCUCAGGUCUACGCGGCGUCUUGUUUCCUGGUUGGUGGUGGAUUUCUGGUCGCGGCGCGAACGGUGAAGUCCCGGAAGAUUGGACGUGGGCUUUGGGUCAAAGUGUAG